UCCCAUACAAUUUUUUAGGGAACAUUGCAGACGUUUCUUUGGUGCCCAGUACACGUGAGUUCUUUACAGAACCUCCGUGCAUCCAUACUGCUCGGUUCCACAUUCCCACAUCUUUGACCAACAAGCGCACGCCAGUAGCAGCCAUGGCGGCAUUCGGGAGCAUGCUUGCCUCUGCUGUUAUCAAGGUAUUCUGCCAAGAGCUGAGUUCCACCAUCGGAAGUAAUAUAAAGAUGCAGAAGAACUUUAAGAAAGACCUCGAGGAGAUGAGGAGCACUCUGGAGUCCGUGGAGGCGGUGCUCAAGGACGCCGAGAAGAGGUCGAUCAAUGACGCAGCGGUUCACCUUUGGCUGGAACGGCUCAAGAAGGCCAUGUACGAUAUCUCCGACAUGGUAAAUGAAUUUGAAAUCAACACUGAAGAACCGGCUGGACAAAAGAUUCCAGUCAUAUCCUACUGUCUUCAGUUUGUUCCUAAGAUUGUCAUGGCUAAUAAGAUGAGGGUAAUGAGAGGGCAACUUGAGAACAUCACUAAACAACAUCAAAAUUUCAGUUUCAUGCCUGACGGGAGCUCUAGUGUGAGGCAAGUUAGCGAUGUACGGGAAACAUCAUCUGUUAUGGAAGAGACACUUAUCAUUGGGAGGACUGUCGACGAACGAAAAAUUCUAGCUAUUUUAUCUGUAAGAAUCACGGAACAGAUCACCAUUGUUCCCAUACAUGGUAUUGGAGGCAUUGGGAAAACAACAUUGGCAAAGUUGGUUUUCAAUGAUAACCAAUUCAAAGAUUACUCUCGAGUGUGGGUUUAUGUGUCCCAGAAGUUUGAUUUGAAUGAAAUUGGUAACUCUAUAAUAUCACAAGUAUCAGAUGAACAAAGCCAACUGGCUGAAAGGCAGAUGAUACAUAAUCGCCUUGGAAGAAUACUCGUUGCUAAAGAUAUUCUUAUUGUUUUAGAUGACUUGUGGGAGAGGGAUUCAUCUCAACUAGAGGAUUUGAAGGCUAUGCUAACAGUUGGAAAUGCUGGAAAAGUGGUCGUAGUAGUAACCACCCGAGAUCAACGAAUUGCAAUGAAACUUCGCACCAGAGAUUCUUAUGAGAUAGAACCCUUGACAAAUGAAAUGUGCUGGACAAUCAUAAAACAAAAGAGUUCAUUUCAAACUAGACCAGACAAAGAGUUGCUGGAGAUGAUAGGAAGGGAUAUUGCAAAAAAGUGUGGAGGUGUGGCUUUAGCAGCUCAAUCCCUUGGAUACAUGUUACAAUCCGUGAGGUCUGAUGAAUGGGCAUCAAUUAGAGAUAGUGAUGUCUGGAGCGGAUCUACUCCAGAAGAUGGAUCUUCCUCGUCUCAUGUUCUUGCGUCCCUAAAGCUGAGUUAUAGCAGUAUGCAUCCAUACUUGAAGUUAUGUUUUGCUUAUUGUGCAAUCUUUCCAAAAGGCCAUAAUAUUGUUAAAGAUGAUCUAAUAUACCAAUGGAUUUCUCUUGAUUUCAUCGAGCCGAAUACCAUACUGUCCACCAGACAGCUUAGUGAGAACUACAUCAAUCAGCUUGUGUCGAUGUCCUUCCUUCAACAUUCACAAUCACCUUCGAUCGGUUGGCUGCAUGAGAAAGAUGUCACAUUGUUCACUAUGCAUGAUUUGGUACAUGACCUCGCAAGAUCAGUCAUGGUGGAUGAAAUUCUGGAUGCUUCCAAACAGAAAAAUAAGGAGGGUGGCAGCUGCCGCUAUGCAUUGCUGACAGAUUGCAGUAAGUCACUGAAGUUAACUGCAAUUUCUCCUAUAAAAAUAAGGACGAUACGUUUUCUGGACAGCGGCAAAAGUGAACUUUGUAAUGGUGCUUUUUUAUCAGCGAAGUACUUGCGUGUCUUGGAUUUAGGUGAAUGUUCUAUAAAGAAGUUUCCAGAUUCAGUUGAGCAAUUGAAGCAGCUGAGGUAUCUUAAUGCUCCACGAAUCCAAAACAGGAUGUUUCCAAAGUGUAUUACCAAGCUCUUAAAAUUAAAUUACCUUAACCUGAGAGGCUCGUCCAGUAUCUCAGCAAUACCAGUCAAUCGGUAAAAUGGGAAAUCUUAUGCAUCUUGAUUUGUCAUAUUGUUCAAGCAUACAUGGAAGACUCCCAAGAUCAAUGGCUGAUCUCAAAGAGUUGGUAAAUCUGAAUUUGUCACACUGCUAUCAAGUUGAUGGAAUAGC